CGCACGGAGACAGCUAUUGAAACGUAUAACUAAAGGGCGUCCGCGGCCACAUAGUCGCCGAAGUUACAAGUUUUCUGCUUCCCUAGCCAAAAAAAAUGGGAGAAGACAAACCAAAACGGAAAUCACUGGGAUUCAGCUUUUUCAAAAAGAAGGAUAAGAACAAGGCGGAGGGUCAUGCACAGCCUGAUUCUCAAAGCCCUCCACCUUAUGCCGCCUCAGUAUCAACUCCUGUAUCCGUUUAUGAAAAGCCUAAACCACAGAUUAGCAAAGCGGUGCCGACACAUGAAGUUCCUGUGGCACGACCUAUCACCGUUGAUGCCAUUGAUACUUCCACAAUGACGUUAGAGCAACGGCUGUUAAUCAUCAAAAAAAGGGUGGACGAAGCAAGGAGAGGUAUGGCAAUUUUUGGUGGCGUAAGAAGUUCGACCGAGUUCAAAAUGACCGUCACCAUUGAUGGAAAGAACCCAAAGACUGAUCCGGCUCUUAGGCGCUAUUCCGAUGAACUUCCUUGUGAGCACCCUUCGUUCAAGCUCUUAGAAGCGUCAGAUAUUAUGAAGGAAAAUGGGCUGCUACAGCAAAUACAAGAUUACAGCGAGGUGGAUCCAGAAGCCAUUCCGUCUUACCAAGGUCAAGUCCCAGGAACUUUGUCGCUAGCGGCUUUUAACAAUGAGAUUUAUUGGUACAUUAAAAGCGCUGAUGUCGAACUUCGAGUCACGUUUUGGCUUUCUCCAGAAAUUCCCCCAUUUCAAACGCCUGCCCUUAUAGAAUUAUUGUCUGUUCGAAGAUUAAUAGGACUACCCGAAACGCCAAAAGAACGAUACGACAGCUUGUUAAAACUAGUUGGUCCAGGCUGCUUCGCUCUUUCUGGCGAAGACGAUGUCUAUGAACCCGAAACUCAAUGUCGCGCUCUUAUCAAUUUGCUCAACAACAGUGACUGGUGGAUUAACUUUACCACUAUUUCGUCGGUCAGCAGGACCAUGUCACAAACCGCAAAUGAUACUGCUAAUUUCCUCUACGUUGUUCUUCUGGCAACCGAGCUCCGGCUCCGGCUUCCCCUCAUCAAGGAUAACUCGUUCCAAUCGGCAAUCCGUGAAAAAAUAAAGGCAGAUUUGAUCGUAGCCAAAAGAUGGUGGGACGGUAUGAACCUAACGCUCAAUCCUGCUUCAUCCGGCAAUUAUUCUUGGCAUUCUCUGGUUUACGAGCAACAAACGGCUGGUUUGAUACGCUUCGCAGAAUUGAUGAACUGGCCGUAUCUAGGUUCAGUACGAUCAAAGAUUGAAACAAUCUACAGAGACCUUCGUUCUGGCGCAACUAUAAGUUCGCAAGUAUGGGAUUGGCUUUUUGGACUCUGCCUGCCUGGAAAAUAUUACAGUUUCAAGGCCAUGUCAGCCCUCACCACAUUCUCACCAGAAACCGAACGCCUGGGAACAGCUCCGUACUAUGACUCUGGCCUUGUGCUUAAAGAUAAGACCUAUUGGAGAAUUACCUCGGUUCUUGGUAGAGUCCUGGGGGCAGCACCUGGCGUAAGAGCUAGUUUGGAUUGGGUCGGCCCUUGCGCCGUGGUGGCAAGAGGAUUGCCCAAAGUGCCUGAAUGGGUCAAAGUUACGGCUCGACUCAUCCCCCAUACCGACAUAACAAGUUUUGAUGCGGAUUUGGAUAAUGCGGAUAACAUCAUACCAGCCAUUGGCGAUAAUCCAACCGCACAAGAAAUUAAUCAAGUGCUUCAGAAUUAUGAAAAUCCAUCCAACUGGAUGAUACCACUCCCACCCAACCCACUCAAACGGCCUAACGAAAAAGACAAGUACGAGAUCAUUGGUAUAGAACUCAAGAAGAACCCAGUCUCAAUUGAAGUGAGCUACGCUGAUCCUUUGGACACCACUUUUUCGGCAUCGCUCCUGAUGAAAAUUGACGGCGCCGCAGUGACCUAUAAUUUGCAUGCAAACUCUUUAUUCUUAUGUAGCCACCCAUGUACUGGAACCCACGCUGUACACAAGGAUAAGUUUUCAAAUGUACGACGGAACAUUGUAACUCCCAACGAACUGAAGGGACUAAAUGCAUGGGACGGUAUCUUGCUUGUCAAUGUCCAAGGUUCUGGUAAUGCAGAGGUGGCAGCAAGAGCUUGGUGCUCAGAGCGUGGUUGGCAUGCGUUGGUCAAACAACAAAAGACUUGCUUCUACUGUGCAUGGGAGCAGGCUCGGCAGAUACACUUACGUGUUGUGAUGUAUAGGUGA